AUGACUUACCAUUUUGAUUGUGUGCAGAUGGCUAAUCGCGGGACAUGUGAUGAUGGACGAGGUCGGAUAUGGGGAGAGGGUAUGGAUUGGACAGGCGGAGGAUUGGGUUACAGAUCAGAUCAGGAGGAUGGAAAUGGCAUCAGUGAGAUGUUUGGACACGAUAGGACCCCUCUGCAGAGAACAAGAUCUUUUCCUGUGUACGGUAACAGGACUAGAGUGAGGGAAGUGGCGAGUAUUGGCCCAAGUCGUAAUUGGGACCGGAGACAUCAACAUGAUCAAUCCGUUCAAUUACACCCAAGGCCAGAUCAAAACAGUUCCACUGAAGGACCACAAGAUCAAGGGGCGGAAAACACCUUGAAGCUUUUACAUGACGUGAUGACCGAGGCACUUGGUAACCAAGGCAGGCGUACUCAACCCCCUGAAGUUUCCAAGCUAUUAUCUACCAUGAAGAAAAUUGGAUCCUACAAGUUCAAAGGAGGAUCCGAUCCUAUUGAAACCGGAUGGUGGGAAAGUAUAGACAGGCAGCGUGGACGCACCAUCACAUCAUGGGAAUCGUUCAAGGGGGAGUUUGAGAGGAAGUAUUUUCCUCCAGAAGCGAAGCAUCGGUUGGAGCGCCAAUUCUUGAACCUUGUUCAAGGAGAUAGGCCACUGAGGAGUUACGAAUCUGAGUUCACAAGGUUGAGACGACAUGUCUUUGAUGGGCGCAAAGAUGAAGCAACUAUGAUCCGUAACUUUAUGUACGGAUUAAAGCCGGAGCUUGGAAGUCGUUUAGCUGGAAGCAACUUUAGCAGCUUAUCGGAUAUGUUGGAAAAAGCUGUUAAUGUUGAGACUGUAUUGGAGGCUAAAAGGAAGACCAUACCGCAUUCUGGUGGACAUACCAAGUUUAGCCAAGGAGGAAGACCAAAUUAUAACAAGGGUCCAUGGUUUAACAGAGGCAAAGGGCAAAAAUUUGGAGGCCAAACCAAUUAUCGCAGUAACACCGGAGUAUGUUACAUAUGUGAUCAACCGGGAUACAUUUCCAAGUUUUGUCCCAACAGUCAACGGAGUAACCAGCAAGGUUAUUCAUCGCUGAGGAUGGAAGAUGUCACUUGUUUCUUCUGUGGAAGGAAGUGCCAUUAUGCAUUGUCAUGUCCAAACAAGCCAAUCCCUGCGACCCCUCUCGCGAUCCGAGCUCCUCCUAGCCGUCCAGCUAUUGAGCCAGCACCAAAGAAGCAAAACCUAGGAGGUAGAGUUUAUGCCUUAGGGGUAGAAAACCCAGAAAAUGCAGGACCAUCAAGCGGUCCCAUCACAGGAACCAUACAUGUUGCUGGUAAACCCACACAUGUAUUGUUCGACUCGGGGGCAACACAUAGUUUUGUGACCCCUGAAGUAGCUGCCCGGUUUUGGGAUUGUUUUGUGGUUGACAGGAUAAACGUGGCCAUCUUGACCCCCGGAGACCGAACCCUUCAAGCAGAUCAGUGUAUCAAGAAUGUUCCAUUGGUCAUUCAAGAGAAAGAAUUUGUGGCAGAUCUGUUAGUCGUGCCUUUGAAAGGGUACGAAGUAAUCCUUGGAAUGGAUUGGUUAUCGAGCUACAGAGUUCAGAUCGACUGUGGAAAAGGAAGGUUGUUGUUUGGCAGAGGUAAACGACCAGAGAUGGUGUACUAUGGAAUCAGUCCUAGUAUGACCGUGUCUUUGGUAGCAGCAAUGAGAGUACAAGAUUUGUUUCAAGAUGGGGAAGUAUAUUUGGUGACCUUAUCGGUUAGUGGAGGACCCACUAAUGAUGAAGUUAAGGUCGAAGACAUAGAAGUGGUCCAAGAGUUUGAUGAUAUCUUUGCACCACUAAAGGAAUUGCCUCCACCUCGGAGUAAUCCCUUUACCGUUACUUUGGAGCCUGAAGCAAGCUAA